AUUCCCACUGCUGGAGCAUUCUGGUCCAGUUAAUCAUUCACAGUUUGUCUUGUAUACCACACACUCUGCCUCUACCAAUCAUUUAGAUUAGUUGUGUCCAAUUUUUUCAACCAUGUCGUUACGGACGUCUACGUUUUUUAUUGUUUUGUGGUUUUGGGAAUUUUCUCACUGCAGCCUCCAGACAAAGCCUGAUUCCAGCAGGACAGACCAGAAGCUGUUCUGGGGCGCUGACCAGUAUGAUUUCUCAGUGGUGCUCCCAGCAGCUGCCACAGAAUGUUUCUGGCACUUUGCUCACCAUGGAGAGAAAUUUUACCUAAGCUUCAUGGUCCAGUGGGUGACGGGAGUCGGCCUCGACAGGGACCUAUCAGUCACUGUUAACGCUCCCAGCAGUUUGUUAAUAUCCACUGUUGACGAUGCAAAGGGUCAGAUCAACUUUGAGGUCAAGGAAACAGGUUUCUAUCAGAUGUGUUUGAGCAACUUCCACAACCGCUUCAGCACAAUGCAGGUCUUCCUCAGCUUUGGCGUUUAUUAUGACAACCAGAACUCUUCCAAGGACAUGGAGAGGGACAUGAAGGAGAAGGAGCUGAACAACACACUGAGCUUCAUUCAGGCUGCCACCAGUAAAGUGGAGCGCCACGUCUUCCACAUGUUCCGCUACUACAGCUUCAGCCGCAUGAGGAGGAGCGCAGACCACUUCCUGCUGCAGUCCAACUCCCGCUACAUCACAUGGUGGUCGAUGGCCCUCAGCCUGUUGAUCGUCACCUCUGGGUACCUGCAGCUCCUCUUCCUCAAAAGUCUCUUUGUGAGCAACGCUGAGGCUGAAAAGCCUCGAUGCUGACAGGCAGCGAACAAACCAAGAAACAUCCUGAGCAGACUCCAAGCUCCUUCUGGUUCUGGGUCUGUGUGAAACAUUAAAGAAAUGUUCCAAAAACCUCUGAUUAGAAUUAUUUUUAAUUGACAAUUAUAUCCGUUUUUGUCUAACUGGUAGACUUCUUUUAUUACUUUUUUUUUUUUUUUUUUCUUUCAACGAUCUGGAAGAGCUUCACAAAGAUUGGCCUGAGGCUCGAGUCGGCUCAUCAGAGCCGCAGCUCAGACAAAUCCUACUCAACAAACGUCACGUUCCUGACCCAGAGACGUCUCACACAUCCCUGCUGUUUCCAGAGGAUCUAUCAGAGAACAUAACAUCCAGCUGCUGCCAAUUGAAGAUCAUAAUUAGGUAAAGCAGGGAGUGGCCGUCUGCUGGUCGGGAGGAAACAGGCGUGUCCCAACACAAAGCCAAGACGGAAAGACAUCAGCAAUGGUGUAAUGCACCACACUGGUGAAAUACAAACAGGUGAUUGGCCGAACACUAAGAGCAAAUUAAAGUAUGGAGGUCUGGAGACAUUUUGAAGCUUGUUAUGCACCAAGGCAUUCUGAAGUCUUCAACACAACGGCAGGAACGCUGAACUGGGACCCAAAAGAGCUGAGCAGAUAGAAAACUGUGCAGAAAUAGACGUUACCUAGCCUGAAUAAGUUUGGAUGAAGUGUCGACAACGUCAUCCAAACAUAGGGAGCCUUAACUGAAGCUACCUACAGUUUAUUUGGGGCCCGUGUUUAGAUAAUUCCCCCAGAAACAAAUUCUCAAUUUGCCUUCAUCUUUCUAAAACAAUAGAAGGGGAAAAAAACAACUUUUUCAUGGUUUGUACACCUGAAAUUAGGUUGAACUUUUCUUAGAUUUUGAAAGAGACCAGAAUGUUUUUAUUGUGUCCUGAUACACGAAACUAUAGAAUUAAAGGAGGGUUGAUUUUCUCUCUAAAGCUACUAAAACAUCUGCAGAGAGCGGCGUGCAACAACUGUAGACAAACAGGCUCACUUUUAACACAAACCAGGUUUCUUACUUCAAAAAACAUUAAAAUAUCAAGCUGACAAAUUAAAUUGAUAAAAAAAAUGGAUUUCAUCAAAAUGUAUUUUAUUGAAUAUUUUGGGUGUAAAUAAAUAAGGCACAUUUAGCAGUUUUAACUUUCAGACCUGAAAUGAAAACAGUGCAUUAGAAUAAUUAAAACACGACCAGCAGGCUUUCACACCAGAAAAAAGGUUUGGCUCUGUAGGAUUCCCUACAGGUUUGGAGAAAAACUCACAGGAGGAACAGGAACAAACAUGAUGGACGUCCUGCGUGAGGCUGACUGCAGAGUUCAGCAUCAGGCAGUAAAACAGGAACACAUACAGUACUGAGGCCGUCAUCAUGCUGGAACACAGCUGAGGAUAAACAUGGUUGACAUGCAAACAGAUCCCUCCACGACAGAGCUGCCUGCAGCAGCAUCCUAUCAGACAUCAGCUCCAUCUCCAGAUUAAAGCCUGAGUUUCCAGCAGCAGAUAUCAACAUGUUUUCUGAUUGAUCAUGAGAACCCCUUUAUGUAUUUUACCGUGUCGUGUUUUGGUGCCUCGGGUCUCUGAGAUGCACAUCAGGAGCUUUGCAAGGAUGACACAUUUAUUAAAACACUGCAUAACUGAGUUCCAGUAAAAAGGAAGUAAACUCCCUUUGAAAUCCAGGGGCGUAUGUAUUUUGAUCAUAUCUAGAGUUUCGGAAGCGAACUUUCAAUGAGCUUUUCUGCAAAUUGUCAAAUAAGUAGUGACUUAGUAUGAAUGGUUUUUGUACAGUUUUGGACAUUUAAACUUCAACAUUUCUAAAUGUGAACCCUGGAAAAGAGAGGAUGUACUUCCUUUUCCCUAUGAAUGUGUUGCUGCUGAGCUGGAGCAGCGGCUCUCAUCAGCUGACAGAAAACUCUCUGUCCCUCUGACGCUGUGGACUGGAAGACAGCUGCAGUCAUGUGCCUAACGUCCUCACAGCGUGCCGUGUCAGCACAGGAAGUCAUGGAGAAGCUGCAAACUGCAAUGAAGACUCAUCAGUGCAUCUGAGCAGACUGAAACCGAUUGAUGCUCAUGAACAAUAUAGUUAACAUCUUGUAGUCAAUUACAUCUGGUCUUGAGGACAAAUAAAACACUAAGCACCGUUUUGAAAUAAAGUUUGGUGUUCGGUUUUAAACUGAAACUAUUCAGACAGUGUGAAGCCAACAUGAGGAAAUGGGCUGCAUCCCUUUUUCCCAUUAGAGGUUCUAUGGGUCAGACAUGGUUACAGGGUUCAGAUGUAGCAGCUUGAUUCAAACACACACAAUCCAAAAGUUUUAGUUAUCUGACUAGGAUGUGUUAAUCAGGAUAUUUGAAGAAAAUUGCAUCCCUUCUCUCAUUCCUUUACUUUUUAGUUCUGGUAUUUUCAUACAGGCUUCCUGGUGCAACAUGGCGCCACCUCCUGCUGGAUGUUUUGUCAAUUUGUGACAUUGGGGGAAUGUUUUAUACCUGCCUUUAUAACUGAAAAUUUAAGUUAAUUUCCCACGUCUGACUCAGACUAGUUGUAGAAAAUGUGGUUAUUUCAGAUUAACCAGGAGUGAAAUAUCUGUUAUACUUUAGAAGAGUCAAGUGGCUAAAAAGUUUUAGCCACU